AGCAUCCCUCCAAACCACAGCCACUUCAUACCUACUACCAUUCACCAACAAAGCAACAUGCCCUCCCCAAUCCCCCACAUCCACCUCCUAACCAUGGACCCCCACUUCAGCGAAACCUUCAAUUCCAUCUUCUCCACCCUCCCUCCCAGCACCACCACCUCCUUUCCCCGCAUCACAAUCCACAACUGCUCCCUCUCCUACCUCCCCUCCACCCUGAAAUUCGACGCCAUCGUUUCCCCCGCAAACUCCUACGGUCGACUCGACGGCGGCUUCGACGACGCCAUCUCCCGCGCCUUCUCCCCAAAACAAGAUUACCUUGCCCUAACCCGUCACGUGCAAUCGAUCCUCUACGACGACAACCGUGGUUUUUUACCACCCGGAUCAUGCAAACUAUUCACCAUCCCUAAAGAGUUUGACGCAACCUCAAAGAAUAUCUGGGCUACGAGGUACUUGGCGCUUUGUCCGACUAUGAGGGUACCCCGGGAUACGAGGUGGGAUCGGGAGGUUGUUUACGAGUGUCUUUGGGGGUUGUUUUGUGAGGUCGAGAGGUGGAAUAGGGCUAUUGCGGAGGGGAAGGUGGAUGGGGAAGGGAAGAGGAUUGAGAGUAUGUUGAUGACGCCGUUGGCGACGGGGUGUGGGUUUGUGUCUGCGGAGAGGUGGGCCAGACAGAUGAUUUUGGCGAUUAGACAUUAUGUGGAGGCGGUGGAGAAUCCGGGGAAAUGGAGGGCGUUGGAUUUAGGGGUUGCGGGGGAGUUGUCGAAGGAGGUGGAGGAGACGUGGAAUGUUUGAUUCAUCUGCAUUGGGUGGGUGAGAAGGAUGGGUUUGGUGGAUGUGGUAGGGCUGGGUGUGGUCUGUAGAUUUGAUUGGGGGUUAGUGGGGUUGUACGGUGGUUGAUAGGAAGAAUGCAGUAAUGCAGAUGAAUGAUCAGGGGAUAAAUCAUACUUGUAUAAUGGUCUCGCCAUGUAGAGGCCCGUUGCUAGCUGAUAGCCGCGGCACAUUCAUCUGUCUUGCCAUUAGCCGCAUACGAGUGAAUUUGUCU